AUGUGCUUCACCGACGAACUCAACGCCAUUCAGGCCUCUGCCGACGCCGGUAUGCACGAGUGCGUCGAGUACCAGAUCCAAUCCUACGUCCAAGAAGAGCGCAUCGAGCCCUCCCACAACGCAGCCAGUACCUCCGUCCGCACAUCCUCUAUCGAAUCCUCUACGCUUCCUCCUCCGUACGACGCGUGUGCUUCGGAAAAGCCUCGAGGCAAGGUCGGCUUCCUCCGUCGUCUCUUGCACCGCAGCCCCAAGAAGACCGCUGUCCAACAAGAGCUGCCGAGCUACCGCGAAGCCGAGCUUGCUCGCGCGUGGGCCAAGGUCGGCAUCGACAUCAACGACACCAAGCACGGCCCCCGACCGGCAUGCACGCCCGAGGAGUGGAUCCGCGCCAUGCAAGACAGCCGCCUGCUGUAG